UUUAGCCCGAUAAAGACUCCUUAAAUAUCGGUCUUAUCCUCGCGGGUGCGGCCCAUCCACUUGGGAGGCGGAUAUGGCUCGUCUUCUCCCUUGCCUCUCCUUCGGUCCUUCGUCUCCCUUUGCUUCAACGCAUUCCAUUUCGCCAGUUCCAAUUUUAGUUCUGAGGUUGCAAAGGCACAUCAUCCCGCAGCCAAGAUCCUUCAAUGGAGUAAGAGUCUCCUCGCCUUCUUCUUUGGUGGAUAGGAGGGUUUUAAUUGCUCGUGCUUCAUCGGAGACGGAUGGGAAUGAGGGUGGUGAACCUGGUGAUACUCCACCAGAGCAAUCCCAAGAGGCUGUGUCGGUGGAGAAUCUUCCAUUGGAGUCGAAGCUGCAACUGAAACUCGAACAGAAGUUGAAGAUGAAGCUCGCUAAAAAGAUUAGGCUUCGAAGGAAGAGGCUUUUGCGGAAGCGAAGAAUGAGGAAGAAGGGGCGAUGGCCGCCAUCGAAGAUGAAGAAGCUCAAGAAUGUAUAAUCAGUGAUGGUGUAGAUUUCAGGUUGGAGUUCUUUAGCAGUUCUCCACUUCAUUUUCUUGUAUUUUGUAAUGGUAAAAGUUUGCCUGAAUCUUAUUGCGUUUUGUUUCUCAA